AUGUCAAAGCUUGCAGUCCUCGGUGUUCUCUUACUUGCUCUUUUUGCCCUCGCCAUGGCCUCUCGAACCACCAUCAUAACCACAGUUGUGGAGGAAGAGAACCCGAGGGAAUCGCAGAAAUGCCGCGAGCAAAUUCAGAGGCAGCAACAGCUCCCCCACUGCCAAGCGUACUUGUCACAGAGAAGCCCCUACGAGCUGGCCCUGAACCCACAAGAGCAGGAGGAGCAAGAGCAGUACCUCCGCCAGUGCUGCCAACAGUUGGAGAACAUAGAUGAGGAGUGCCGGUGUAGGGCUGUAAGGGAGGCGGUGAGGCAGAGUCAGCAGGGGGGUGGCAGGCAGGCUGAGGAGACGCGAGAGAUGGCGCAGAGGGCUCGGGAUCUGCCCCGCAGAUGCAACUUGGAACCACAACAAUGCUAA